AUGGUCCAGAAAUAUCAGUCUCCAGUUCGAGUCUAUAAGUAUCCCUUUGAACUGGUCAUGGCGGCCUAUGAAAAACGUUUUCCGACAUGCCCCCAGAUACCUGUCUUCUUGGGCAGUGAAAUCAUUCAUGAAUCUAAGAGCCAGGAUGGAUCCAUUCACAUUGUGGAGCGCAGCUGUAAAUUGACUGUAGACGCACCACGGUUAUUGAAGAAGAUUGCUGGCGUCGAGUAUGUUGUCUUUGUGCAGAAAAAUGUCUUAAAUCGGAAGGAUCGAACUCUUCUCAUUGAGGCCCACAAUGAGACAUUUGCCAAUCGAGUCAUCGUUCAUGAGAACUGCAGCUACACCGUUCAUCCUGAGAAUGAUGAGUGGACCUGCUUUGAGCAGUCAGCCUCUCUCGACAUCAAAUCAUUCUUCGGCUUUGAAAAUGCCGUGGAGAAAAUUGCAAUGAAGCAGUACACGGCCAACAUCAAGAAAGGGAAGGAAGUGAUUGAGUAUUAUCUGAACGAGCUGAUCUCUCAAGGCAUCUCUCACAUCCCUCGAUGGACACCUUCCCCUGUCAGAGAAGAAGACCAGAGAAGUCUGGCAGCUGACAAACUGGACACAGAUUACAUUGAGCGGUAUUUGGGGCAGCUCACCCCCAUGCAGGAGAGCUGCUUGAUCAGACUUCGCCAGUGGUUACAGGAAACGCAUAAAGGAAAGAUUCCCAAAGAUGAGCACAUUCUUCGAUUCUUGAGGGCUCGAGACUUUCACUUUGAAAAGGCCUGGGAGAUGCUGUGCCAGUCCUUGAACUGGAGAAAGCAGCACCAAGUGGACUACAUCCUUCAGACAUGGCGGCCCCCACCCCUCCUGGAGGAGUUCUAUGCAGGCGGCUGGCAUUACCAGGAUAGAGAUGGCCGCCCUCUCUACAUCCUGCGUCUUGGCCAGAUGGAUACAAAAGGCUUGAUGAAGGCAGUGGGAGAGGAGGCACUCCUUCGGCAUAUACUUUCAGUUAAUGAAGAGGGACAGAAGAGAUGUGAAGAGCACACAAAUCAGCUUGGCCGCCCCAUUAGUUCCUGGACGUGCCUCGUGGAUCUGGAAGGGCUGAAUAUGCGGCACCUCUGGCGACCUGGAGUGAAGGCCCUGUUGCGGAUGAUUGAAGUGGUUGAGGACAAUUAUCCAGAGACAUUGGGGCGUCUGCUCAUCGUGCGUGCUCCCCGUGUUUUCCCUGUGCUGUGGACAUUGGUGAGCCCCUUUAUCAAUGAGAACACCAGGCAGAAAUUCCUCAUCUACAGUGGCAGCAACUACCAGGGCCCUGGAGGACUUGUAGAUUAUCUGAAUAAAGAUGUGAUUCCUGACUUUCUAGGAGGAGAAUGUUUGUGCAGUGUCCCUGAAGGGGGCAUCAUCCCAAAGGCCCUCUAUCAUAUUGAAGAGGAUCAAGAAAAUGCGGAUAGGGUCCAACUGUGGACUGAAACUGUCUACCAGUCUGCAAGUGUGUUCCAAGGAGCCCCCCAUGAGAUAGCAGUGGAGAUUCGGGAGGGUGAGUCAGUGAUCACCUGGGACUUUGACAUUCUGAGGGGAGAUGUGGUAUUCAACCUCUUUCACUCCAAGCAAGCACCUGAACCAAGAGCCAGGGAGCCCAGGGCUGGGAGCAGUGUGCAGCUCAUUGACCAAAGCUGGGUCCUGGGAGUGGAUUACAGCCGUGUGGAGUCUCCCCUGGUCUGCCGGGAAGGCGAGAGCAUUCAGGGCUCCCACGUGACUCGUUGGCCAGGCUUCUACCUGCUUCAGUGGAAGAUGGCCACUCCUUUAGCCUGUGCAGCCAGCAGCCUCCCUCGAGUGGAUGAUGCCCCCACAUCUGUGCAGAGCCCUGGUCACAAGUGUAAACUCCUGUACUACUAUGAGGUCCUUGCAUCUGUAGACUUCAGGGGAUCCAUGUCCAGUCUGGAGUCCUGUACCAGUGGUUUCUCACAGCUCAGUGCCACUACAACUUCUUCCAACCAGUCCCAGAGUGGCUCCCUCAUCUCCAGAUAGCCGGGUCUGAGCCAUGUUGGGGAUCCUGCUGUACUCCGGCACCUGGAAGUGUCCAGAGCCAGAAAUCCUGCCUAAGCUGAGGGCCGAGACCAUAAGGACUGGUGGCCUGAGUUCAGAGGCUGCCAGGGUUGGUGGCUCUCUGGAGUCUACCAUGAUAAUCAGCUUCUAUUUUGGUUUUAUAGUAGGUGCAUCUGAGUUUGUGGCAGAUGCCUCAUUAACAAGCUAUAAUUCUAACUUAGUCAUUUUCAAUGAGCCCCUUCUAGUCUCCACUACUCCCCACCCACAUACCCCCCAAAUCUGGACCUGUGAUUUCAUCAAAGUUGGGAGCUCCUGGUAUGGAGACUUGCUCCACUGAUGCAUUGGAGGCAUUGAGAAGUUAGGUAACUUGCCAUGAACACACACCUAGUAUGUGUCAGAGACAGGACUUCAACACAGGUUUUCCUGACUAUAAGGCUGGCAUUCUCUCUCCACUACCCCAUGCUACUUCUCAUUCCCAUGUGUGUACUA